AUGGACAGUCACGCCUCCUACGAGGAGGAUGUGGAUGGGCACCACGUGCUGGUGUCUGGGACGGGGGGCAAGUACCACGCCCAGAAAAGCCAGAGCUUGAAGCCAGGCAACAUGCUGAACAACCUGCUCGGGAUCGUGCCUGAGCUGCGCCAGCUCGCCAACCUGGACCUCAAGGUGGUCUUCAACCGCGAUUCCUGCAACAUCGGACCCAAAGAAUGGGUGACGCUGGCCAAGGCGCUGGACGCCAGCCGCCGAAACUACGACGCCUUCCUGGUGGUGCAUGGCACCGACACCAUGGCCUACACUGCCUCGGCCAUGUCCCUCAUGCUGGCCGGCUUCCGGAAACCCAUCGUGUUCACCGGCAGCCAGCUGCCGCUGGCCAUGCCGCGUUCGGACGCGCGCCAGAACCUGAUUGACUCCCUGACCUGCGCCACCUCCAGCUUCAACCCGCCGCAUGUCCACCUCCAGGAGGUGGCCCUGUGCUUCGGGGGCAAGCUGCUGCGCGGCAACCGCGCGCGCAAGGUGCACAGCAACGUGUACGAGGCGUUCGCCUCACCGUCGUACCCCAACCUGGCGCGCAUGGGCGUGGAUGUCGAGUGGAACACGGGCGCCAUGCUGCAGCCCGAGGGCGUGUACCGCCCCCGCCUGCGCCUCGACCCCGCCGUCCUGCGCGUGCCGAUCGUCCCCGGCGUCGACCCCCGCGUGGCGUAUGGUGACCUGGUCGGGCGCGGGGUGCGGGGCGUGGUGCUGGAGUCCUUUGGCGUGGGCAACAUGCCCUCCUCCGCCUGGCUGCCCUGGCUGCGCGCGCAGCGCAAGGCGGGGCUCCUGGUGUCCAUGGUGUCGCAGUGCGCGGGCGGGGCGCUGCAGCCGGAGCUGUACGCCUCUGGCUCCGCCGCGCUGGCCCUGGGCGUGGAGGCGGGGCCGCAGAUGACGGCGGAGACCGCGGCGGUGAAGAUGAUGCUGUGCCUGCAGUACCCGGACCUGCCGCUGGGCGUGCCGCUGGCAGGGGAGAUGUGA